AGAGAGAACGAAUUUGUAUAUUUGGUGUGUUGUUGGAUUGUGAGUGUGUGGCGCGUCAUUCGAAUACACAUUCAUACCCACACCGUACAGUUUUACAUAUAGAGAGUGAAGAAAAGCUGGCUAACUGCUUGCCUGCUGCUCUGCUGCCGCUGCCGCUGCUACUCGACUGCUGCUUACUUGCUUCGCGCCGAAGGCUCGAGCUAUGCUCUCUCACUCGAGAAACUCUCAAUUGCUUUUGUGUGUGAUUGUGUGUUGUCGUUUUGUAAGUUGUAGGUAGCAUUUGGAUUUUUAUUGCCCACAUUUCACAUUCGUACUCGGUCGCUCGAUUUGAUUACGUCUUUUUUUCGAUUCGUCUGUGAUUUGUCUCCAUUUCAAUUGUGUGAUUUGUGCGGUAUGCAUCGUUCUGCUCAGCAUCAGCACAUAUUUUCCUGAUCGAAAACGGGCGAUACAAAAAGUGUUUGCCAAAAUUCAAAGUGAUUUUUUUCGGCUUGGUUCGGCAAAAAACUUUUUCACAGAAAAAUUCGAGAAAAACUAUCUGUUUGUAAUUUAUUUUUUGUUACACGGCAAAGAGAAUUUCGCUUGAAUAAAAGCACGGUGAAAAAAAAAACUGGAGAUAAAAUCGUGAAGAAGAAAAAAUUAAAUAAAAGAAAAUUGUUGGAAAAGUUUGAAUUAAAUGUCAACACACAUUUUCGUUACCACACAGAAAAACAGAAAAAAGCAUUUUACAGUUUUGUGAUAAAAAUUGGACAAAAAAGUAAAAGAAAACUUUGUUGUGAAAAUUGAUGACAACUAACGACUUCAGUCGGAGUGAUAAAAACUGUGAGAUCGGACAAACGUUCGUUGUUGUUUUUUUUAUUUCGAUGCUGGGUGUGUUUUAUGAAAGAAGUGCGAAUAACUGUAACCGAGUAUAUCAUCCACACACGUGAAACGACCCCGAAUCGGCACAUUGUGAAACGAAUUAUACGAAGCUUUAACGAGUGACGAAUAAUUUUCGGUAUUUUCGAGUGCGCUUCGAGAAAGAGAUAAGGCGAGUUCAAGUUAUUAUAUUCUAUGUGUAGCACCGCCACCACCGCCGCCGCCGGCUACUCCUUGCAAUUUUGCACAUAGACAGAUCAAUUCGAUAUUUGCCAUACAUACGCGCACAUUCAUUCGUUCCGACGAGCAAGAGAGAGACAGAGACGGAGAAAACGAGCAAUUUUCAUCCAAAAACAGAAGCACAUACAGAACACACGUAUUGGAACUAACUAGACCAGCGAUUGGGAAAAAGAGUUUUCCACUUUUGCUUGAAUUGCUCUCGCGCUGUCUCUUUCGGAAAUCUAACCACAUUCAUUCUCUCGCAAACUCCAAUUCGAUAUGUAUGUUUGUGCACAAAAAUGAAUUAAAUAUACACAUAGAGCCAGCGAACAGAGAGCCAUCCAGUGAGAAAGAGAUCCACACAUAACUAUCAUACCAACCACUCGUAAUAUUGCAAAAGCGCAAUACCAUUUCAUUUUCGGUUCGCACACUUGCUCUCUUCAUCGUCUGCCCCUGAGCGCCAAUCCGAAAAAUUCGGCACCAGCCAUACAUAUAUUUGCAUAUACAUAUGUAUGUACAAGAAAUGGAAAAUUCGCACAUUUCCAUAUAUCAACGCUAGCAACUGCCACCAAUAACAUUUCGAUUUCGACUUCGGAUUUAUUUGAGUCAGUAUUUAAACCGAAUCCGGAUUUGAUUGUCGUGCUUGCUCUCUUUCGGCGCACACGUUCUUCCAAUUUGUAUUAGCGACAAUAUUUUUCCCUUCUUCGGAUUUUUGUGUGAACAUUUGAACUUUCGAAAAAUUGAACUGAAGAAGAAAGAACAACAACAGUGAACUUGAACUAAUAAAAAACAAUUUUGAAUUGAUCGAACAAAGUUAGAAAAACAAAUUUGUGACGCGCGUGAUUAAAAGUGAGAAACUGGCGAGCUUAGCUGAUUUGUAUCCGCUGCCAUUGGUUAGCAAAUAUCUGAGUGAAACAAACGGAUCUAGUGUUUUUUCGACAAAAAAUCGAACAACACCGAUGAGUAUGGAUUCAGCAAUGGACUCGCUAUCGACAGCUAGUGAUCAUAGCGUAGCCUCAGCACCACCAUCGCCUCAAUACAAUUCCAAAUCGGCCGUCAGUCCGAACAACAAUAAUAACAGCAACAAUAAUCAUAAUAUGAGUGUAUCAAAUAACAGUAACACCACAACGUCAAAUCAUCAUCACAAUCACAAUCAUAAUCGGAGCCCGUCUCCGGUUAGCCCACCGUUGCGACAUCAUCAGGGUAGCCCGCAUAUGAUGUCAUUGGGUCAUCCAAUGAGCCCACCACAAACAUCCACACCGAAUAGCAUUGCGGCCGCGAUGGGCCCACGAAUGGCACAAAGUCUACCGCACUUGGCUCCACACAGCUUGGGUCUACUCAACUCACUACAAAUGAUGCAUCAUGCAAACCCAUUGGAAUUGAUGGCAGCUGCCCAUCAUCAGAUGCCACCACGGUCAUACAACAGUCCGCCGCCAAUCUCGACAUCCGAUCCCACGGCAAAUGAAUGCAAAUUGGUCGAUUAUCGUGGCCAUAAAGUGGCCGCAUUCAUCAUAGCCGGCGACACAAUGUUGUGUUUGCCGCAAGCAUUCGAGCUAUUCCUAAAGCAUCUCGUUGGUGGAUUACACACAGUUUAUACAAAACUAAAGAGAUUAGAUAUUGUUCCGUUGGUUUGUAAUGUGGAACAAGUGCGUAUCCUUCGCGGAUUGGGUGCUAUCCAACCGGGUGUGAAUCGUUGUAAGCUGUUGUCCUGCAAAGAUUUUGACAUUCUCUAUCGGGAUUGCACAACGGCCAGAUGCUUGUCGGUUAAACCCCUUGAAAGUUCAAGACCGGGCCGGCCACCGAAACGAGGACCUGUCGGAUUAAUACCUUCCAGCCAUUUAUCGCAUCAUCCACAGAUGAAAAAACAUCGAUUGGAUAACGGUGACUAUCCGUAUGAAAAUGGACAUAUGAAUGAUAUUUCGAGGUUGGAAAAAUCACCACUCUUGGCUAACGGCUAUAAUCCGCCGCCAACACAUUUGAAUCACAUGCAAUUCAUGCAAAUGAAUCAUCAUCCCGGUGCCAUGAUGAGUCCUGGUCUACCGCCACAUGGAUUACCACGCCACGACAGCCAACUCAUGAAAGGACAACCCAAUCUACCCAAUAUGGACGCCAUAGCCAGGUCUGGCAUAUGGGAAAAUUGUAGAGCCGCUUACGAAGAUAUUGUUAAGCACUUAGAACGAUUGCGAGAGGAAAGAGUCGACGAUCGAAACCAAAUCAGCGAACAAAAAUCAAGAGAACACACAUCACACAACGGUUCAUCAAAUGGUCACAGCCCGGUGUUGAACCUAUCGAAAUCUGGUGGUCUUGAUCAAGGCAGCACCGGUGAUCAGAGUGAUCGCAGUGAGAAUCAGUCACCGGCACCAUCUAUUCGUGACGAAGAUGAGAAUCUAAGUGAAGACAAUAUAUCCGAUGUUGAUGAGCGUGAAGCGAAGGACGAAGAUUUGAGUGAUAAUGAACGUGAUAACGUAGCGCAAGCCCCAUCGUCACAAGUUCCAAAUUCUGAUUCGCGCCAACAGGCAAUAAAUUACACAUCGUUAGCGGCUACCGCGGCAGCCGUGGCAGCCAGUGGUGGUGUGAAGAGCAAUGUUUCGGAACAAGAACAACAACAGAGUUUAUCAUCGACCGAGACGCUAUUACGAAACAUCCAAAGUUUAUUGACUGUCGCCGCUGACAAUGCCAGACAACAGGAACGUCAAAUCAGCUAUGAAAAAGCUGAGCUGAAAAUGGACGUUCUACGGGAGCGUGAGUGCAAAGACACAUUGGAACGACAACUAUCCGAUGAACGAAAACUUCGAGUGUUGUUUCAAAAACGCUUCAAAAAGGAACGAAAGAUACGUGUUCGUAUUCAACAAAAAUUGGAUGCCGAAACCAAACGCCGAAAUCAAAUCGAAGAUGCACUCAAAGCUUCUGGCGCUCCAGCUGAAGCAUUGCGCUUAUUAUCUGAGUCGUCGGGUGAUCGAAAAGAAAAGCCGUCGUCGGCCGAUCGCCGCACAGAGAGUCCUUACACAAACAACCAAUCGCUACACGAGAUCGAAAUGGAACGAAAAACGCGUCAACAGACCGGUGAUCGUGAUGUGAAAAGUCCGUUGCAGGAGAGGCCAAACUACUACAAAAACUCAGUUCUAUUCAGCAGUGCGACUUAGUUGAAUGGCCCAUCGUACAGUGACUAAGACACGUGAAUUACCAUUUGAAAUAAAGUGAAAAUGAUAAAGAAAAAAGUGGAAGUUAAUAAAAAAAUAAAUAUGUGCAAUGACUUAGUUUGUAUCGUUGGCGAAAAACAGUGAAAAUCAUAAAAUAUUGACGGAGUGAAUGUGUAAACACAGAUAAAGAUGUCGAAGACGCAAGGAGCGUCUGCCGUGUGUUUCGGUAAUAUUUGCUAAAAACAAGUGCUAAUGUGCUCAUCAACACUCUUUCAACUUCAAAUAAAAAAAGAUCCAGAUCUCAAGUUUUCCCACACACACACACAAACUCACUCACGAUUACAUAAUCUCUUAAAACUAGAUUAUUAAGAGAGGAGAGUAAAAAGAAAAUUGUCUUGGAAGGUUAAUUUGUACGAGGUUCAUUUACAUUUUCACAUAAUACUAAUCAAAAACGAACCAGUUGAACUAGUGGUAAACUGACGGAGAAAAAACAAAUGAGAACGGUGAAUAAAGUUUCUGUUGAUCAUAUCGAUGGAAUUUAUUCGAAUGUCGCGCGCGAUUCAGUUAAUAAAACGAACAGGGCGCGAACAUAAGAGAAAAUAUAAUAAAACAAGUAAGACUAUCUUAAUACACACACACACACACACACACAAAUGAUUUAAAGCAUUACGCAUCAAGAGUAAUUUACUAAUUACAAUUUUAAAGUUAGAAGAUUUUAACGGAGAAUCCACUCACACAAAAAUACAAUACAGAGAGAAAUAAGAGAGAAGAAUAAGAUGAAGCAAAAAUGCAUACGCCCACUUUAACAUAACCAAUUUAUAAAUUCCUACUUCUUUGCCAUAAAUUAUUUGUAUUAACUAAACUUAGGUGAAUUAAAUUAAACAUAAAACAUAACAAUAAUAUAAAUCCACACACACACAAACUAUCAUCAUACGAUUUUAGAAAUAUAUGGGAUGAAGAGAAGAAAUUCAUCGGAACACUCGACGAACGAAUUGCAAAUCUAACUGAAUUUAAAAGUGAAACACACACAGAAGCAAAAAAAAAGAGAACCUUAACAAGAAAGUUAUUAAAUUGAAGUAAGGUGCGCGCGAGAGAGAGAGAGGAGAUAAGAAUUGGCUCUCAUAGAGACGAGCCGACUUCUGAACAGAAAGAGAAAAAAAAACAAAUCAGUAGAAAUUGUACUAAUCAAUUAAAAAAUUAAUAAUCUAAAUAAUUAAGCUAACCAUUAGCUAUAAUAAACAAACAGAAUUAAUUAUAGUACCGCAGUAUGGAGAGGUGGCCACCCAAAAUAAAAAAAAUAUCACCAUUUUCAUUCCGUUUUUCCGUUUCUCUCGGUUCACGCUUAUCGGCUGCGUGUGUAACAACGCUUUUCUUUCCUGUUUCGUCGACAAAAAAGUUCUGUAGUGUUAAAUUAAAUUACAUUUUAAUGAUUAACUUUCCGUGUUUCAAUAUGCAGUUGUGUGAUCGCUGUUUUUCCUUUCGACACAAUGAAGAUGAAAAUAGUGAGAAAAAAAAACCAUACGAUAUUCAGCACUGUGUGCUGUUUUUAUUCGGAUUCAGUUUGUAUUUAUUUGCAAAGAAAGCAAAGCUACAUCAACCAAAUUACUAUCUCGUUCUCAUUGAAGCAUGGAAAACAUGCCAAGACAAAAUGUGGAUAAAAGAAAAGGACAGCGCGUUACAAUGUGUGAACUUGAAGUCUGUCUUCGACCAAUUCACACGCAUUGCAACAUCUCAGUUGUAAAUGUUUUUUUGAUUUUGUUGUUAUUGUUCAAAUAAUUUGGCGCUUUGAUUGGUGUGUGAGCGAGCGUGUGUGUGCUCGUACCAAAUGAUAUGCAAUUUCGGACGGGCCGAAUACACAACUUUAGCAAGUGUUUUUUUUAAAUGAAACUAGAUGAAAAAUUUACAUUGAGUACAUGUUUAUGAAACGAUAGAGUGCGUUGCAUGAAAAAAAAAAUUGUGUUAUGGGCAUAUGUACUUCAUUUUACACUAGAAUUUAGUAGAUAAACUAGUAGAGAGAGAAUGAGAGGAAACAGAGUCGGAAGUGGCUCGUCAUGUGAUGACAAUUAAAUUGUCAAUCGAUAAUAGCGAAAAACUGCCGUAGCCACACACACACACACAGCGCACACAAUUUUAUUGUCAUUCUCAUCAUGUUUAACUAGAGAGAACGAUUCUGCAACAUUGUAAACAAAAACAAAUACCAAAUCGCAAACAAUGUGAGGAGAAGAAUCGAUGUAAUUUUCACAAACGAAAAAUGAAGCGCGUCGUGUACAUUGCAAUAAGCAUGACGCAAGCAUAAACAAGAUUGAAAAUUAUAACUAAAUGAUAAUUAAAAAAAAACAAUAUUCUUCUCUCUCUUCAUUUACCUCUCGACUCUCCCUUCUCCUUCUCUUCUAUAACUUAUAUAGAACAUAUUACAACAACAAAAUGCACAAGAAGCAACAAAAAAAAAUUCAACAUUAAUCGUAAAACUAACAAACAAAAAAAAAACACUAAAUGAAUAUGAACUCUAACUAAAUAUAAAGGUAUAUGUAAUUUUAAAUGUACGACUAUACAAAGAUUUACAUUAUUAUUAUCAUAAUGAAAUUUAACUAAAUGAAUUCAACUACACAGACUAACUCAAAAAUAACUUUAAAUAAAAAAAAGUUGAAGUUAUAAACGAUAGUAUG